GGUACUCACAUAGAUGUUGAGACUACCAUGGAAUUAUUGAUGAGCGCGUGUUUUUUUUUUCCAAUUGCUCCCUUGCUUGGCUAAGUCGGUAUUUCAGCACAAUAUCACUUCCAGAGAGACGACAUCACGAUAUUGGUCGACAAACCUGGUGUCGAGGACCAUAUGAAACCAACAAGGUCCAAUAUAGUACGCGAACUGCGAGCGCUUGUUCAGGACCCAUCACCCGGCGGAGGGUAUUUCAUCCUAUAUGCUGGACACUGCGUCCAACUCGAUGCACAUGGCAACUCCGUUGAAGAAGACCAAAAAGACGAAUACUUGGUGCCAAUGGAUGCUAUACAUGAAGAAUCCGGCGACUAUCUCAACGAAAAUCUUGUCAAGGGCGAUGAUCUGAAGCGCAUUCUUGUUGAUCCCAUCGCGACAGUCCCGAAGGCGAGGCUAACAGCAGUCUUUGAUUGCUGUCAUAGCGGUACUGUUUUGGAUCUCUGCCACCACCGAUGUAACAGGGCGUACAACCUUAAGAGCACAUAUCGUCGCCUGUGCAGAAGAGUCAAGGAAGCCUUCCCUGAACCUGGUGAAACCAUACAAGCACUCGCUGAACCUUGGACGAUGUUAGCGUUGGAACAAGUUUAUUUGUCGAUGUCUGUCGGUAAUAGGACGAAGGAAACUUCUUCAAAGACUUGUGAUGGGUACUGUACUCGGACAAGGCGCACGAAUGGAGGGAACGUGCUUUGCAUUUCCGCGUGCAAGGAUUCACAGUCAGCGUUUGGGAACGAAGAGGGCGGAUCAUUGACGAGGGCACUUGUAGCGACGCUGAAGAAAGAGCCACAUCCGGUUUUGAAGGAACUCUAUCGAAACAUCAGCCCCUUUAGUCACAGCGUCGAUUCUGUCAUCAGAAAGCAUGUAAGGGGUCUGUUCAAGAGGGCGUCACAGAAUCCGCAGUUCUCGAGUCUAUCUCCCUUACACAUGAAGAAGUCUUUCAUGUUACAGGAACCCGUGGAUUAGUGCCAUCAGGCCCCACGCCAUUGACAAGACAACUCCCGCCGACUUUUCAUCUCAUGCUAUCAAAUGCUCUCCUGGUUGGCAGGCAUACGUUUCCUUCAUUCCACCCCUCUUAGCGGGGACGUUGCCGUCCCUCCGACCAGGAGCAAGCAGUGAUUGAAGAAGGGUUUCUGCUUUUACGUCUCUCACGAAUCAUGCAUGACUACAUCACCUACACGGCGUACCUCUAGAGGAGCGUAGCGUGUAUUAAUACUAACCUAUAGCCUAACUCUCACUUAUUUAAUGUACGCUCAUAUAAUUAGUUAUCUUAUAGAUAAUUUUAUUCUUUACAACGCAAAUUAAAGUCGUGAAAC